AUGAUCAAGUCCAUCACCCUCUGCUCUAGAUUUUCGAAAGCUAAGAAAAGACUACGCUACUCGGCCCAGGACGCGAUUCCGAAGUGUUGUACCGGACGGGUGGACGAGAAGCGGCAACUGUGCGAUACAUGUAGUACAAUGGAAAGGUCGUACGGCUACAGUAGUCGAGCAAGUAGCAACAGUCCAGUAGACACGAGCCCCAAAGUGCACGAUCUGUCUUCUGCACUGUCUGCUGCUGCUGAGCAAGUCACCGCGGCUCCCGUUCUGGCACCACGACAUCCUCCGGUCAAAGAUGAUUGUGCAUUGUAUAUCGCUCCAUUCGCUGGAUUCCCAAACCCAAAGUCGAUCGGAGCUGCAGCCAUCUACGCUCCUCUGAACUGUAACACACUUGAUACCAAUCUGCUGGUGGAGCUGUUCACGACCGGUCCUUUCGACACAAGAGUGUGCGCCCAGGCAUGCAGUACCCACGCUACGCUCAUCGCCAUCUUCCCGCGACCGUGGAAGAGCGGCUCUCAUUAUACCAUUACCGACAACUAUAUCUUCUACCAGCAAAAAGUGCUCGUCUACAAUCAAACCGUCCUCGUCUAUAAUUAAAAUGUCCUCUUCUACGAUUAAAUGUCCUCGUCCACGACUAAACCGUCAUACUCAGGUUGCAGCACUACAACCUAGGAUCAACAACUCAUAUGCCAGAAAGCUACUCUCCGAACAUCAGCUGUAGAGAACCCAGC